GUCUAAGGCUGUAGAUAGAUAUAAAUAUAAGGAGAUCAUCGUCAGUUCUUGUUCUUCUAGACAAUGUGUUCUUUUUCCUAUUCAAUUUGUGUUCUUCUGUUGUCUUGAUACCCGGCUCAUAGUGCCUCGCUUCACCACCGACUAACACAUCACCAUCAUGGCUCUUCCUCUUACUGGCAAACUUGCCAUUGUCACUGGUGCCUCUCGAGGCAUUGGUCUGUCCAUCACCAAGGCCCUUGCUGCCCGAGGCGCAAACCUCGUCCUCGCCUACACAUCCGCCAGCUCUGCUGAUUCAACAGCUAAGCUCGCUUCUGAACUGUCUUCCAAGCACUCUAUCAAGGUUGUUCCCGUGCAAGCAGACCUCGGCACCGUGUCAGGUCCUGCCUCGCUCAUUUCUCAAGCCGCCGAUGCCUUCAGCCCCCUGCGCAUCGACAUCCUCGUCAACAAUGCUGGUGUUGCUUUCAAUGAUAAGGUCCCCGACAUCAAGCCUGAGGACUUCACAAAGAGCUACAACGUCAAUGUACUUGGCCCUCUUCUUCUCGUCCAAGCCGCACACCCCUACCUGCCCACAGACCGCUCCGGCCGUAUCAUCAACCUCAGCAGUGUGAGCGCGAGCCUUGGUUUUGUUGGUCAAAGUGUCUACGGCGGCACAAAGGCUGCUCUCGAGGCUAUGACACGUACCUGGGCCCGUGAGUUCAGCGAGAGAGCUACCGUUAAUGCCAUCAACCCUGGCCCUGUCCGCUCUGAGAUGUACUCUCGAAACUCGGACGAGUUCAAGCGUCUCAUCAAACCCUUCAUCCAGAAUGCGCCUCUCAUGGCUGCUCGUCCUGGUAUUGAUGAUCCCGAGGUCGUCGAGGAGGCCAAGACUGCUGGUGGACGCGCAGGUGAAGCUGAUGAGAUCGCUGGCAUCGUCGCUAUGCUUGCUAGCCCUGAGAGUGCUUGGUGCACUGGUCAAGUCAUUUGUGCCAAUGGCGGUAUGAUCUUUGUCUCAACUCACUUACAAAUCAGUGAGUCAAGACUCAACCCAAAAGAACACACACAAGAUAUCAUGGAAGCAAGACAAACAGACUCCUCUGAUCCCUUUGAGGACGUCCUCAACCUCGAAGAGCGCUUCUACUCAGAAGGCUACCAACAAGGCAUCAAAGACGGCGUUCAAGCGGGGCGAAUUGAAGGGCGAUCUUUUGGUAUGCAAAAGGGCUUUGAAAAGUUUCUCGAAAGUGGUCGUCUUGCCAGCAAAGCUAUCGUAUGGGCGAACCGGAUACCACCAAAGGACGGUACUGCUUCGGGAGAGACUUGCACUUUACCACCUUUGCCCAAGAAUGCAAGACUGGAGAAGAACAUCAACACUCUGUAUGCUCUCGUAGAGCCAGAUACACUUUCGACUGAGAACUCGGAUGAUGCAGUUCAAGACUUUGAUGACCGUGUUAAGAGGGCACAAGGAAAGGCCAAGAUUGUCGAAAAGAUGGCGGGAAGUGGUGGACGAGAGGCAUCGGGAGCAUCACCAACAUCUUGAGAACAUCGGAAACGGAUUUGGAGUUUGGUUUGGCGCUUGAAGGCUGAGAUCAGGAACAUCGAUGUCAAAGACUUUCAUAUCUGAAAAAGGAAACU